CUACCGCAACAUUGCAUUCUGGGACGUGUCCCCUGUUCGGGUUGUUGAAGUCAAGAUGGCUGUAAACACCAAACAGAGACUAGAGCAUGAAAUAGGCCUUAAAUGAAGUUCCUUAUUCAAUAAAAUCGCCCAUCACCGUCAAGAGCCUUGAGCAGUAACAUAACGAUUUGUUGAACAUUUAUCCAAACUGUGGAGAAAGUGUUAAUUCAUACAGUUACACAGGAUCACGGGCAACUGCGGGAGAACGUCUCGUAUGAAUUCCGACGAGAGGGACUGUGAGUGUGCGCUACCACAGGCCGAGACAUCCCCUGCAGGAGGAUACGACAGAAUACAAGAGGAGUCUGACAUAGAAAACACGGAAGCAAGCCGAAUGAAGCGAGCAGCCGCCAAGCAUCUAAUAGAGCGCUACUACCACCAGUUAACUGAGGGCUGUGGGAAUGACUCCUGCUCGAACGCGUGGUGCUCCUCGUCCAGGGGCUCCCACCGCUUGGACAACAACGCAGCCGCCGUCAAGGCCCUGGAGCUGUACAAGAUCAAUGCCAAACUGUGCGACCCACACCCCUCCAAGAAAGGCACCACAAUGAAUCAUUGUGUAAGGGACGACUUCAAAGAUGUGAAUUACCUAACAGAGGAGAAAGUGUAUGAGAUCCUACACAUCUGUGGAGAGAAGGAGGACUACUCCCCUCUGAUCCGGGUCAUAGGACGGGUGUUCUCCAGCGCAGAGGGCCUGGUGCAGAGCUUCCGCCGGUCCAAACCACCCACCAAGGAGGAGCUGAAGUCCCUCCAGAGCAAGGACGAGGACAAAGACGAGGACGAGGAGGAAGCGGCCGCCUGCUCCGCUGCUGCUAUGGAGGAGGACUCACCCGGUUCCUCUUCCCGGUUAGACGGCGCUGCAUCAGGGGACAAUGAUGUGGGGAAGCUGGGUCCUGAUGAGGUUUCUGUGGACAUCGACGCUGUCAGGAGGGUCUACCAGAGACUGCUGUCCAACGGUAAUAUCGAAACUGCCUUCCUCAACGCACUGGUCUACCUGUCGCCCAACGUGGAAUGUGACCUGACGUACCACAACGUCUACUCCCGGGACCCCAACUACCUGAACUUGUUUGUGGUGGUGAUGGAGAACAGUAACCUCCAUAGCCCAGACUACCUGGAGAUCGCCCUGCCCCAGUUCUGCAGGGCCAUGAGCAAGCUUCCCCUACCCGCGCUGGCCAAGCUGGCCCGCCUGUGGUCUCACUACAGUGCUGAGCAGAUCCACCGCAUAAUGGAGACCUUCCAGCAGCUCAUCACCUACAAGGUGGUCAGCAAUGAGUUCAACAGCCGCAACCUGGUGAACGACGACGAUGCAGUGGUGGCAGCCACCAAGUGCUUGAAGAUUGUCUACUAUGCAAAUGUCAUGGGAGGGGAGGUGGACACGGAGCACAACGAAGAGGAGGACGAGGAGCCCAUCCCUGAGUCCAGCGAAUUGACACUGCAGGAGCUGCUGGGGGAGGAGAGGAGAAACAAGAAGGGCCCCCGAGUGGACCCCCUGGAGACUGAGCUUACCAUCCGGACUUCCGACAGCCGGCGGCCCCUCAUCCCCUUUGAGGAGUUUGUCAACGAGCCCCUGAAUGAAGUCCUAGAGAUGGACAAGGACUACACGUUCUUUAAAGUGGAGACGGAGAACAAGUUCUCCUUCAUGACGUGUCCGUUCAUCCUCAACGCCGUGACCAAGAACCUGGGCCUGUACUACGACAACCGCAUCCGCAUGUACAGCGAGCGACGCAUCACAGUACUCUACAGCCUGGUGCAGGGACAACAGCUCAACCCCUACCUGAGGCUUAAAGUACGCCGAGACCACAUCAUCGAUGAUGCCCUCGUCAGGCUUGAGAUGAUCGCCAUGGAGAAUCCUGCAGACUUGAAGAAGCAGCUGUAUGUGGAGUUUGAAGGAGAACAAGGUGUAGAUGAAGGAGGGGUUUCCAAAGAGUUCUUUCAGCUCGUCGUGGAGGAGAUCUUCAACCCAGAUAUUGGAAUGUUUGCGUACGACGAGCGAACCAAGAUGUUCUGGUUCAACCCGUCGUCGUUUGAAAACGAGGGUCAGUUCACGCUGAUCGGCAUCGUCCUUGGCCUGGCCAUUUACAACAACUGCAUCCUGGACGUUCACUUCCCCAUGGUGGUCUACAGAAAGCUCAUGGGCAAGAAGGGAACCUUCCGGGACCUCGCAGACUCCAAUCCGGUUCUGUACCAGAGUCUGAAGGAGCUGUCAGAGUACGAGGGUAGUGUGGAGGAGGACAUGAUGAUCACCUUCCAGAUAUCCCAGACGGACCUGUUCGGAAACCCCCUCAUGUACGACUUAAGGGAAAAUGGUGAUCAAAUUCCAGUCACCAACGAGAACAGAAAAGAGUUUGUAGCUCAGUAUGCGGAGUACAUGCUGAAUAAGAGUGUUGAGAAGCAGUUCAAAGCCUUCAGAAGAGGUUUUCACAUGGUCACCAACGAGUCCCCGCUGAAAUAUUUAUUCCGGCCGGAGGAAAUCGAGCUGCUCAUCUGUGGAAGCAGGAACCUAGACUUUCAAGCACUUGAAGAAACGACAGAAUAUGAUGGCGGCUACAGCAGAGAUUCACGCAUCAUUAAGGAGUUCUGGGAGACGCUGCACUCGUUUGCUGAGGAGCAGAAGAGGCUGUUCCUGCAGUUCACCACGGGCACAGACAGAGCCCCUGUCGGAGGCCUGGGAAAGCUCAAGAUGAUCAUCGCCAAGAACGGCCCCGACACAGACAGGUUACCCACAUCUCACACCUGCUUCAACGUGCUGCUGCUCCCGGAGUACGACACCAAGGAGAAGCUGAGAGAGAGACUGCUCAAAGCCAUCCUCUAUGCCAAAGGGUUUGGGAUGCUCUGAGGCCAUGGCUGCCACACUGAAAGAGGACUCCUUUUCACAAUCUCCCUCCUUCCCCCAUAUCAGAAAAAAUAAACGAAAGAUGACCAACCAACACAAAAUCGUUCAAGAUUCGAGAUGAGAAAAGGCGAAAAUCAACACAAUGGUUAAUCUAAAGGUAGCGCACUCUAGUAGUGGAGUUUGUCUGUGCCAGCGUCCCGAUCUCUUGGAGCAGCUUCAUUGAACUUCAUGUGAUCUAAAGUACGUUUCAAUUCCCACGUGUGAAUGUGUUCUGAACACAUCCUUUAUCUUAUUUUAUGUACAGGGGAUUGUUUUCCCCCUUAAUAUUUAUUUUAAGGUUGAAAUCGGUUAUUUUGAUCCUUGACUGGAAUAACACCUUUUUUUGUUGGGAAAGGGGAGGGCUGGGAUUAUUUAAUAAUCUGGAUUGUGACAAUGAUGAUGUAGAAACAUUUUACCAUUUGUGAGACAGAAAAGGCUGCAUCCAUUCAUGUAUUGCAGUCCUCUUUGCAGUCUGUUACUUUGCGAUCUUUUGGUUGCAUCGCUGCAGUCAGAAGCUGAUGUGACGAGGGAAACCGUGUGUAUGUGUAUAUGAUGUCCUACCCCCCCCACCCACACACACCUUCCAUAUUAUUUAGCCAAUCGAACCAGACCCCAUUUUCCAUGGAAGUGUUUGGAACUUGGAAAGUAAUUUCAUUCAGACAGCAUCUUCAGAAAAUGUUUACCUUGAGCAUCUGUCCUGAAUGACACCCUAUUCCCUAUCUAGUGUUCUACUGUUGACUAGGGCCCAUUAGGGUGCCAUUUGGGACACAUACAUUAUUUUCGCCAUUGGAGCACUGAGAGUAGACUGAAACUUUGUCGGAGCUGUUGUAAGUGCACUUAGACAUUUUCAGAAUUAUUAUUAUUUUUGGGCUACAAGUACAUGAUUGUUCUCAAAAAAUUUUUUCUGAAGUCUUCCUGUGUUGCCCUUGUCUAACCGGUAUUAUAUUGUAAUCCUCAGUACAUUUAUAUAAUCAGAAUAGCAUUUAUUCUGGUUGUCUACACUUCUAGAAGACCAACCCCAAAUAUGUCCCAGGUUUAUCUUCCUUUUAAAAUCAAGGCAUUUUGUACUAAAUUAAAUGUCUACAGACAUUUGCCAAGUGUUACUGACAAAUCUUUGCUCUCCAGUGAUCCUGGAGCGAUCUAGAAGAUUUGUCUCUGUGUCGAAAAUAACUUACGACAGCCCUUUUUUUAAAUGGUUAAUUUUCGAUUUGGAAAAGCUACUAGCUGUGAAAAUUCCUUCAGCACUGGCACAGUAAACAGUUGAUUUGUUUAUUUGUCUUUUAGUUUCUGGACAAUUCCAUAGGGAUGUAAUCACUGCUUAGGAAUGUCAAUGGAUCCUGAAUCCUGAUGCCGUCUUUCAGUCAGUUGGGGCGUAAGCAGUCAGCCAGCUCGCAGUAAUGUCACUUUUCAACGGUGCUCAGGGCUGCUUGUGAAGAACCUGCCCCAACAAAUACAUUUCAGAUAUUGUGCCCUGAGCCUUCCCUUCCUCCAUCGCUUCUUUGGGUUUCUGCUGUACCUCAUUCAUUUGUAUCUCUGUUUUGUACUGCUGAAGUUGCUGCUCGCCUGUACAUUUAAAAGGACUCCAGGGCCCAGAGAAUGGACAACGUUCACCCUGAUCUUGGAAUUGAAGCAGUCAGUUUAUAGGUUGGUUUGAGUUAACUGUUACCUUUAAAAAAAAAAAAAAAUGUAAUUGAUAAAAAGGCUUAAAAUCAAGUGUUGUGAAAACAUGCUAAAUAAAAGUGACUGCUUUUUUCCAACUUGUACUUGGUGAAGAGUUCAUUUUAAACAUAUGCGAAAAAAAGGAUUUGUAAGACUUUUGAGGAUUGUAUAUGUCAUUUAUGAUUCUGAAUUACUCUUCCACUUUUUUACUGUCUCGUACCCCAGUGAAGUUAACCAAGACAUGUUCAUUUAUUCUACACCAUACAUUCAGUCGAUUGGCUUAAAAGAGCCGAGUUGUUCAACCUCUGAAAAGAGAACAUAUCACUGAAAGGUCAAAUAAAUAUGUUUGCAUUUCA